CUGGAAUUUCAGUAGCCGCUUUUUUGGAACCAUUUUGUCCAUCUAUACCCGUAGGACCAUUUUAUCGCGUACCAUUUUGUUUAGUGGAAGCACUUAUUCUUCUAUCUGUGCGCCGACAUUUGCGCUGCGACUUUUGUGCUGCCCUGACUUAUAAAUAAAAAUAUCAUUAAAAUUUCCCUACAAAUUGUUUCUCUCACUUAAGUGCUGUUUCCUUGAAAAUUUUGGAUAAUUAUUUUUUAUUUUUAAUUAUUUAUGGGCAACAAAGAAAGUCAAUUUAAUGGAAGAAGUGAUGAUAUUAAAACUAGUCAAGUAUUGGAUUCUAAUUUUGUAAAAUCUUUUGUUGAAUUGAGUGAUGAAGAUGAUAAUUUAGGUUGGGAAAAGUUUCAGAUUAUUAGUAUUUUAACAAAUAUUCGACAAUAUCGUUUACUUUCUGGUUUAUAUGACAAGGCUUUACGUAUUUCAAAAAAAGAUGAUAAUUUUUUUGGUCAACAACUUUCAUUGUCUUUAAUUUGUGAUAAUCGAUAUUCUAGAGCAACAAAAAUGUUACAAAAAUGUAUUUUACAAAAAGAGGAAGAGGAAAACAACCAAAAUAAAUUUGAUGAAAGUUUAAUUACUGAAUAUUUACAUUUGGCUCGUUUACAAAUUGAACAACUUGGAGAUUUGGAAUUAGCCGAAUCAGCAACUUUAAAAGCAAUAAAUUUAUCUUCUGGCACUUGGCUUUCUGGACGUUGUCAUUUAUUAUUGGCUAUGAUUUUUGGAUUAAAAGCUCAAUAUGGAAAUAGUUUAUGUUCAAAAAAAGAAUUAAUUGCGGAAAGUAUUAAAUAUUAUGAAAAAGCUAUUGAAUUAGAUCCACAUGAUGAUACAGCACAUCUUUAUUGUGCUUUAGAAUAUGCUAAUUCCAGAGAUUUUGAAAGAGCAAAAGAAUAUUGUCAAGCAGCCUUGAGUCUUAACACAGAAAAUCCUUUUGCAAUAAUGUUACUUGCAUUAAUUUUUACUGCAAGAAAAGACUACAAAGGAGCGCUGGAACUUGUAAUAAAUGCUCUAAAUGAUUUCCCUUCGCAUUAUGGCCUUUUAGUUUUGAGGUUAAAAUUAGAAGCAAGAUAUGGGCGAGUAGAAGAAGCUUUACAAACUUCACAUAAUUUAAUUUGUUUUUGGAGAAAAAAUAGAUCAGCAACUGAUCCUUGUGAUGAUGAACAAAAUAGUAGAUUAAAUGGAGAUAUUAAUAAAAUGACGGCAAGCAAAGAAGCAAUAGUUCCGUUAACACCUCUUUUAAUCGCUCCAUUAGGUAUUACAGCAACACCGGGACCUUCUACACAUUUAAUUGCUUCGAAUGUUGAAGGGACACCAUAUCCAUCUAUAGAUAAUCUCUCAACAAUCGGUCCUCCAACAAAUACUUCUGACGGAGGUGGACCAGCAUCAACAGACUCUUUGAGUGUAUUAUCUUCUUCUAGCAAGUCUUGGAUUAAUUUUUCUGUUUUUCGGUUGCAGGUUGAAAUUAAGUUAUUUUUUAAUUCUUUAUUUUUUAAGGCUGAUAUUUGGGUGGAAUUGGCAGAAUUUUUUAUAGAAAUUGAACGGAUGAAUGAUGUUCAAGCUUGUGUUGAAGAAGCUUGUAUGAUUUAUCCAAAUUCUUAUCAGGCGCUUUAUUUAAAGGGGCAUCUUUAUUUUAAAAGAGCAGAGAAAUGUGCCCAAACUGAUCUAAAUUUAAGCAAAAAAUUAAUGGCAGAGGCAAAGAAUUUUGUUCUUGGAGCAAUUUCUAUAUGUACGGAACAUGUACUUUCAAUAGCUUGUUUGGGAAGAAUUUAUCAUUUUGAAGGAUAUUUAAAAAUGGCUGAGAAAAUGUUUAGAGAUGCAACUUCAAUUGAACCUUAUGAUGCUCGGAAUUGGCACCAACUUGGAUGUGUUUUAUCUGAACUUGGAAGGAGUAAUGAGGCAUUAGAAUGUUUUGAAACGGCUUCAAGUUUAGAAGUAAAUACACCGCUUAUUCCUUUUCAAGUAAUUCCUAGGUUGUUAAGUUUCUUUUAA